UCAUCCUACCUGUUGACACAUCAGCGAGUUCACACUAGGGAGAGGCCAUUCCCCUGCUCCGAGUGCGGCAAGGCAUUCUCUCAGUUAUCCCACUUUAAGGUACACCAACUGGUUCACACUGAUGAGAGACCUUUCAAAUGUUCGCACUGUGAGAAGACGUUUAAACGCAGAUAUGACAUGCGGACACACCAAUGCAGUCACAAUGAGGAGAGGCCUUUCCCCAGCUCUGUGUGUCGAAAAACUCUCAGCCUUGGAUCUCACGGCCUCCGACUUGCAGGCUCGGAACUCUCAGCCUCAGCACAGACCCGACGAGGCGUCCUCUUGGACCGUUAUGAUGGUCUGCCGGCCCAGCAUGGCUUCGGCAUGAACUUCUGUCUCAAGGUGAUUCCAGAGCAUUCUCCUGGCCUCAUGAACCCUGAGCUGAAGCCAGCCUCCGAACUCCUAGCCUUCAAAAUUCCAGCCUCAGCCCUCACGACUUCUGAACUCCUGGCUUCAGAACUCUCAGCCUUGGAUCUCACGGCCUCCGACUUGCAGGCUCGGAACUCUCAGCCUCGGCACAGACCCAACGAGGCGUCCUCUUGGACUGUUAUGAUGAUGGUCGUGUCGCUAUCAGGCAGGAGAAGGGGUGAUGCCCAACUCCUGAAGAAUAACAAGGAAUCAAGGAAAAUUGGGUUUUGUUUUCUUUCUGAGGGCUUUACUGAUUUGUCCAACCUGCUGAGACACAAGCAGGUUCAUACUAAUGAGAGACCUUUUAAAUGUGCAAACACUGGGAAGUGCUGUAAAAGUUCCAGGGAACUGACACGCCAUCAAAGUGCUCAUACAGAUGAGAGACCAUUCAAGUGCUCUCACUGUGAGACUGGGUUUAAGCAUUCAUCUGAACUCGCUCUACAUCAAUGCACUCACACUGGAGAGAAGCCAUUCAUCUGCUCUGUGUGUCAGAAGAAGUUCACACAAUUAUCUCAUCUUCAGUCACACCAGCGAGUUUACACUGGGGAGAUACCAUAUGCCUGCUCCAAGUGUGAGAAGAAAUUUGCUCAUUCAUCCCAUCUGGUGAGACACCAGCGAUGUCACAAGUAGUUCUGGUGUUGGGAUUUUCCUGUUAAUCACAUCCAGAACUGACCCAUGUAUA